CGCCGGCGGCGGCCGAUGGCCUCUACCACCUCCACUCCCACCUCCGGGGGAGGCGGGGCAAGGCCCUGGCGCACCGCGCUCCUCACCCUCCGCGACGAGUCAGUCGCCUCGCCCUCCCCUUCGGCCCUCCUCGCGCUCCUCCGCCGCCUCCUCCUGUCCCCCGCCUCGCCCUCCCUCGUUGCCUCUGCCGCCGUGCUCUCCCCUCACGAGGUGGGCUCUGAUGUGGUGUUCCUCGCGGAAAAAGCCGCGACGGUGGCCCCCUGCGCUGGCGCCGACGACGUGCUUCCUGGCGUAUGCCACCUGAUACAUGAUGUCAUGUGCAAGACAAAUACAGAAAUCGACUCUUCUGGUUGGCUUGCACUGUUAAAGUUUCUUCAUGAGCUUGUCAAGUGCUCAGUUGAGGGUGCAUGCGUUAAGGGCCUUUCUGAUAGGACAGCUGCACUGAAUACCCUAUCCGAGUGUAUGCAAAUUCUCAGGUUUUCGAGCAAGGAUUUGGGAAGAAGUAGUUCAUUAACUGAGAAUUCACAUGUACUCAGAGUUCUUAUCUUGAUUAUAUCAUGCUUGCAAGCUGAACUUAACAUGACAGAUAAAUCCAAUGGCCCUGGCACAUCUUCAUACAUUCCUGGAUCAACCAGUAGUAAAAAUUCUAAUACCUGGGAUAUGAAAAUCUCUGCAUUUUCUAUGGUGGAAGAUAUAUUAUGUAAGAUUGCAUCAACCAUAUCAGAAGAUUUAUGGCUCUCUGUUGUUGAGCUCUUGAGGAAAGUGAUGGAUUUUGUGACAGCUAGGAAUCUUAUUAUAGAAAGUAGCAUUAUUUCAGAUAGUGAAUCUUCUCGAUAUGAUUUGGGCUCAUCAGAUUCAGAUCUUAGUGAUACUGAUGGACAUGCAAAAAACGGAGACCGUUUCCGGAGUUCGAAAGCUAGAUUAACUGCCAUCCUUUGUAUACAGGAUAUCUGUCGUGCUGACCCAAAGUCACUCACUUCACUGUGGCCAUUACUUUUACCUGAGAGCGACGUUCUUCAACAAAGAAAAUAUCGAGCAACUCUGAUGACAUGUUUGAUCUUUGACCCUGUCACAAAGGUACGUGUUGAGGCAGCAUCAACCAUUGCUGCUAUGCUGGAAGGACAGGCCUUAGUCUUGACACAAGUUGCCGAGUACAAGGAAUCAUCGAAGCCUGGAUCUUUCACUACGUUGUCCUGCUCACUUGGUCAAAUUCUGAUGCAGCUGCAUACAGGUGUAAUGUACUUGAUACAGCGUGAAACUCAAGCUACAUUGCUUGCAGCAUUGUUCAGAGUUCUCAUUUUUCUGAUAUCUGCUACACCUACCCCGCGGGCGUUCUAA